UGUCAAUUUUGUUUGUCACUUUGUAGUAUAUUUUAGCAAAAAUUACAAUGGAUGACGACGAUCAUGACGAAUUAUUACAGUGCACUGACGACGAAUCGCUGUCGGAGACAGAGGAUCAGUGUAUGCCAGGAGAUAAACCUGAAGAACAGACGGUCUCUGCAUACUCCACACAUUCAAAAGCUCAUCUGUUAGGUUCAAAACUUUCGUUAAUAAUUCACACUACUGGCUUGUUGAUUGUGUUUCCACCUUAUUUAGAAUCAGUUGCAACAAUUGGAAAUGCUUACUCUAUUCUUCUAACCAACACAUGCUUAUGCAUGUGUGCCUUCACAGUUGUUUGUAUCUUGUUCAAAGUUUUUCAUGAUGAGUACCCAAACAUUAAACUUUACCGCUUGCCCCUACAAUACCCCAAAAUGAUUAUAAUGACUUUCGUUUAUUUUAUUUGUGGGAUGAUGAUUAUUUAUUCUUUGGAUAGAAAGAGGGUGUUAUGCCAUUUGCAGGAUCCUAUAAAAGGCAUAGUUUUAGUUUUCUCUUUGCUUUACUACUUCUUUUUCUGCAGAAAAUUUAUGGGUUUGCAACGAAUAUUCUCUGCAACCACCAUUAUUGUGGGAUUGUUUAUUGCUGUUGAUUAUGGACUAUGUGAUGAAUUUCAAUGUAGGGGUACUGAGCGCAAGCAUUUAUCCAAAUGGGAUUGGAGGACCCAUGCAAUAUGGACUUCAGUAUACAUUUGUGGACUUGCUAUUUUUGCAGCAUUUUAUACUUUGCUUGAGAGGUUUCUGCUCACCGAGUGUGACAAGAACAUUAUUUCAAUAAAUAUGCCGUCGUCGUUUCUAAGCACCGUCUCACAAUCAGUUUCAUACCCGAACUCUAAUCAAACCGUAAUCAAAACUAAUCAAAACACACACUUCCUGAAAAAGUACAAUCCGCCGCAUCUGGUUUUGUGGCUUCACAUCUUCGGUUUUCUAUUCAUUUUGAACAUGUUCUGGGUGGAACUUUUACCUAACAUUGGAAAGACAAGCAACUUUAAAGAAUUUCAGAACAACACUGUAGAAGGUAUUAUGUGCCAUUUUCAGUUUGGUAAACGCGCUCAGAGUUGCGAGCACAUGGCAUAUUAUUUCUGGCCCUUCUUGUACUUCUAUUCAAUGUACAUUAUUACCUCAAUCAAAUUUCUACUUUUAACCCAAUCUGCUGUCUAUACAAUUGCAACAAUGUGCUCCUCACUACCUCUGGUUGGAAUUUGGUGGGCUCUGUUUCAGAUCUCCCAAGACAAAGGGUUUUUUGUUUGGUCACCAUCUGUAACUGGAGAAUUGAUUUGUUCACUGCUUGGUUUACCAGUGGUGCUUGUUGGAUUGGUCCUUUUAUGCAAGGCCCACUUCAAGGAUUACCAGUGGUCUAGAAUUCCCAAUGUAAGUGGCAUAUCCAACAAUCAUUAUACUUAAAUAUUUUUCGUACCAUCGGAAAAAAAAUGUGCUGAAAAACCAACAAGAAAUCCAGUUUAAGUUUUUAAACUAUUAUUUAUAAUAUAUCCAUCAGUAAUUUUGAUUUUUUAACUACUGGUUUAGAGUUUAUAUCGAAAUUCUGUGAUUUUUUGUCAGUGAUAAUGUUGUUGUUAUUUUUUAAUUUAAGACUGAGUUUGUGCCAAAUACUCGUAGAAUUUAUAUAUUUGUUUAGCUCACGUUUGAUUAAUCCAUUUAAAACAUGGCCUAAAAUUCUUAAUGUUAAAUUCAAAACCUAUAUAUUGAUGUGCCACUCUUAUCGUGAUGUUUUAUUAUAAUUAACAGUCUGUUUUAACAUAUUUUCCUUAUAAUAACGCUGAAAGUAUUAAAACGUCCUUAAUGUACAAAUCUUAAGGUUUUAAAAUAUAUAAAUUCGAUAUAAUGUUGAUGUUAUUUGUUCAAAUAAUAUAAGAAAUAUUUUAAGCAUUAUACACUAGUAUUAUGAUGUUAAGUGAGAUAAACCCUCUGAAUUAUUUGACUGUAUUGUAUUGAAUUAUUAAAAGCAUGUUUGUGACUUUCUAUUUGACGUUUUAUAUAUAAAAUUUAAUACAUUCAAAUAAUUCAGAAGAUUAUUGCGGAAGAGAUGCCUUAUUAAUGUUUUAGCAUUCAUUCAACUAUUCUAUUCCUUCCAUGCAUCUCUUCUUCUAUUUAAUCGAAGAAUCAGAAUAAAUUAAACGAUUAUGUUUACUAAUCAAUAUCGAUAAACUUUAAUUUUGAAUUUGUCAUACUAUAUUUACAUCUUCAAUUAACAAGUCAUAGACCCACUAGAAAGUUUAAUUUUUCUGAUUCGAUUUACACAAUAUUAGAUGAGAGUUUAGAGUGAUUCAAGUGUGGUAGACAUGUUAGAAUGUUAUUGUGUAAAUCAAAAAUAAUAUAUUAUUAACUAAUUGUUGAAGAAAGCUCAUUAAAAUAUUAAAAUACCACAUCAACGAAAAUCUCUUGGAAGUUUAUAUAUUCAAUCUUAUGGUAAUUAAAUAUUUUCAUAUUCUAAACAAUUUUAAUGAGUUUUUACAAUUUUAAAUGUAUACUAUUACUAUCCUAUAUAUGCUAAUGUUUACUCUCCUAUAUAUGCAUUUAUGUUAUAUAAUGUUGCUCAAAUAUACUGAUAUGUGACUAUAUCCAUGUUAUAUAAAAUAAAUUUAUAAAAUCAA